AUGAAAACAACAUUUAUAACUAUAGUAAUAAUUUUAACAAUUACUUUAUGUGAUACGAAGGAAACGAAUUCGGUUAGGAAACUGCUGAAAAGAAGGAAGAACGAGAAUCGAGCGACACCGAUUAUACUGUGGCAUGGCAUGGGUGACAAUUGCUGCGAUCCACUCAGCAUUGGUCGAAUCAAAAAGCUUCUUGAAAAAGAAAUUCGAGGAGUUUAUGUUCAUUCAAUAAUGAUUGGUGAUAAUGUUGUUUCGGAUACCACAUAUGGGUACUUUGGUAAUGUUAAUAAUCAAAUUUCGGAAGUUUGUCAGCAAAUUGGCAAUGUUGUGGAAUUGAAAAAUGGUUAUAAUGCUAUAGGAUUUUCACAAGGAGCACAGUUCCUUCGUGGAUUGGUUGAACGGUGCCCCUCACCUCCAAUGAAGAAUUUAAUAUCAGUUGGUGGACAACAGCAAGGUGUUUAUGGUAUUCCAUAUUGCCCUCCAAAAGAUUUUUUAUGUGAAAAAAUGAGGCAGUUAAUUGAUCUUGGUGCUUAUACUUGGUUUAUACAGAGCACAUUGGUUCAAGCUCAGUAUUGGCAUGAUUCCCUCAACGAAAAUGAAUAUCAGACGAAAAGCAUUUUCUUAGCUGAUAUCAAUAAUGAAAAAGCUAUUAAUGAAGACUACAAAAAAAAUCUCAAUAUGCUGGAAAACUUCGUACUUGUAAAAUUUUCAAACGAUUCGAUGGUUAAGCCGGUUGAAAGUGAAUGGUUUGGAUUUUAUGAGCCAAACAGUGUAUCGAAAAUUUUAGAAAUGGAAGAAACUCGACUUUAUAGAGAGGACAGAAUAGGUUUGAAAAAAAUGAAGAACGAUGGAAAACUACACUUCUUAUUGCUUAAUGGCGAUCAUCUACAAAUUCCUGACUCUGUUUUCGUUUCUGAAAUUAUUGAAAAAUUUUUAAAGUGA